CACAGCGCCAUGGCUGGGAAUUGCGAGAGAACCUUUAUCGCUAUCAAACCCGACGGUGUGCAGCGAGGACUGGUCGGGGAGAUCAUCAAGCGCUUCGAGCAAAAAGGAUUCCGACUCGUGGCUAUGAAAUUCCUGCAUGCCUCUGAAGAUCUUCUCAAACAACAUUACAUUGACCUGAAAGAUCGACCCUUCUUCCCUGGUUUGGUUAAAUACAUGAACUCUGGGCCUAUUGUGGCCAUGGUAUGGGAAGGACUCAACGUGGUUAAAACUGGGAGAGUAAUGCUGGGGGAAACGAACCCUGCAGACUCCAAGCCUGGUACCAUCCGUGGGGACUUCUGCAUUCAAGUGGGAAGGAACAUCAUCCAUGGCAGUGACUCCGUGGAGAGUGCCCAGAAGGAGAUCAACCUGUGGUUCAAACCUGCAGAGCUCAUCGACUACAAGUCUUGUGCCCAUGACUGGAUCUAUGAGUGAUUUGUGCCUUCCUGACACCUCAUCUCAUUCCAGCUGCUGACCUGGGAGCAACCACGGGUACCUGAGUGCUGAAAGGGACUGUCAAAUAAAGGGGUGUGAACUAA